UCCAGUCUUUGGCGUGCGUUUCUUUCCUCUUCCUUGAGAGUCCAGAGUCCUCAAGACCUACCAACCCAACCCAGGGGCGGGGCGGCCUAUAAAUUUCUCCUCUAGUCCGCCACCGUGUGCCCUACAGCCCUCCUCUCCCUCUCCCUUCCCCCGCAGCGUCGCCGCCGUCCCUGUUCCGUCCGAAGUCGCCGGCUUUGGCCAUUGGAGGUUUCUGAGAUAGUAAAUUUCCAAGGUUAUUUGCCAUGGAGGCCAAUGGUCAUCACAAACCAAGAAGAGAAUUCAUUGGCCGAGAGUGCAAUGGUGUAAAACCACCCAAUAAUUUUGGUGAAGUUGAUCCAUGGACAGCAUGGGCAUACAGACCACGGACCAUCUCAUUGUUACUGAUGGGAACCUGCUUCUUAAUUUGGGCAAGUGGUGCUCUAAAUCCAGAAGGAAGCUUCUCUGCUGAUCGUGUCUCAUCUGUAAAAAGGGGUGUCUUUGCGAUGAUUGCUGUUUUUUUGGCUUACUCUUUUCUUCAGGCACCUUCAACUGUGCUCAUCAGACCACAUCCGGCAAUUUGGCGGCUGGUCCAUGGGAUGGCAGUUGUUUACCUUGUAGCUCUUACUUUUUUGCUUUUUCAGACACGUGAUGAUGCUAGGCAAUUUAUGAAGUAUCUUCACCCUGAUCUUGGUGUUGAAUUACCUGAAAGAUCUUAUGGAACUGACUGCCGUCUAUAUGUACCUGAUCAUCCAAAAAGCAGGUUUAACAAUGUUUAUGAGAUCCUUUUUGACGAGUUUGUUAUUGCCCAUAUCCUUGGAUGGUGGGGAAAGGCUAUAAUGAUACGAAACCAACCACUUUUAUGGGUGUUAUCAAUUGGCUUUGAGUUAAUGGAGCUCACUUUUCGUCAUAUGUUGCCAAAUUUUAACGAAUGCUGGUGGGAUAGCAUUGUCCUAGACAUAUUAAUCUGCAAUUGGUUUGGUAUCUGGGCUGGAAUGAAGACCGUGAGAUACUUCGAUGGGAGGACAUAUGAAUGGGUUGGCUUGAGUCGACAGCCCAAUAUUAUCAGUAAGGUGAAAAGGACACUGGGUCAGUUUACACCAGCACAAUGGGACAAAGAUGAGUGGUACCCUCUGCUUGGCCCUUGGAGAUUCAUCCAAGUGCUAAGCCUGUGUGUAAUUUUCAUGACCAUUGAACUCAACACAUUCUUUCUUAAAUUCUGCCUUUGGAUUCCUCCCCGGAAUCCCUUGAUUGUAUACCGACUGGUCCUUUGGUGGUUGAUUGCAAUACCAACCAUCCGCGAGUACAAUACAUACUUGCAAGACAGCAAACCUGUUAAAAAGGUGGGGUCUUUCUGUUGGCUUUCGCUGGCUAUAUGCAUUGUAGAGCUUCUGAUCUGCAUAAAGUUCGGGCAUGGUCUCUUCCCAAAAUCAAUGCCGACGUGGCUGACAGUAUUCUGGACGACGGUGGCCACGUUUCUCACGAUGUUCCUUCUUGUGUGGACAUGGAAACUUUACCGAACAAUGAUAAGGAAAAGGUUGUGAUUGCGACCGCCUGUCCUUUCAUUGGCCCAUUCUUUUCUCACCCAUUCAAUAUUUGCCAUGUAAAUAUUUAUUCAAAUUCUGUACAUGUAACAUUAGCCAUAAGAAAUUCCAUGCCGAUCCACCAAGCAAAAUAAAGCUUCCCCCCUUCCCUUCCAGUGAUGUACCCUGUCUGUCAAUCAAACUCUGAAACUCCUCCCUUCUAGAAACCUACUCCAAUUCAUGAAAAAGCAAUGAGAUAAGGUUUAUUCUUUUCUAUGAGCUCAUUGUUCUAGGUUCAGGACGCAUGCUGCAUUAUCGAUUUCAUUGUCGGAAAAAAGCAUGAGUUUACUGUUUGGCAAGUCAUCGACUUAUCAGGUGCAUUCAGCUACAGAUGGUAUGCGGCUGUUUGGCAUGUGAUCCAGCUGCAUUAUUUAGUUUCAGUGUAGCAGCAGCUGUAGUGUCCAUUGUUUUGUGUUUGUGUGAGGCCGUGGCUACUGAGUACUGACUGAGCCUGAUUGAUAUUCAGUGAGCCUGAUUGAUAUUCAGUGAUAUAGCUGGGUAAUUCAGGUGUCUACUCACUGUCUAGUGUGGUCAUGGAAGGAAGGCAAGAGGGGGCUACAGGCUACUGCUGUUGCUGUUGCUGCUGUUGAUGGGAUUGUAAGCUUGUAACUGUCGUCUGUAUUCUGCUGAAUCCUAAACGAUUUCAUGUUCA